UUGCUCUCCUACUACGCUCGGCCGUCUAUCUAGACCCGCCCACGAGCCUCGCCGCACUGCGCCUGCUCCUCCGGCUUAGGGUGCCAUAUGUAUUGCCUGCAAAAUAUAGCCCUUCACAGACAGGGCAUUUGGGGGUUUCGUCCUUACCGUCAUCUGCCGUCAAAAACAUUACCGCCUUUGCAAAGGGUUCCUCCAGCGAAAAAGUCAGGUUCGGGGGUUCUUGGGGAUUUUCCUCCUACUUCUAUCUGUAGGCUUUUACGCGGUCAACUCUUGCCUGGGCUGGGGCCUAAGGAGAAGGCCCCCCUCGAGGUGGAAGGCGCCGGCAGUAGCUUUCUGAAGCUCGUGGCGCGUCGCGUGGCCGCGGAGCUCUCCAGCAUGGGCCGGGGGUAUCGGAACCGGCGGCGCCCUCAGCAGCAGCAGCAACGCCCGGAAGCCGGAGAAGACGCGGCCGAUGGAGACGGGAAGAGGGAUAAGUCGGGCUGGGAGGGAGGUUACCCUGAGAUCAUCAAAGAGAACAAGUUAUUUGAACACUACUACCAGGAGCUGAAGAUCGUGCCCGAAGGAGAGUGGGAGCAGUUCAUGCAGGCCCUCCGGGAGCCCCUCCCGGCCACUCUGAGAAUCACUGGAUACAAAUGCCAUGCAAAGGAAAUUCUCCAUUGCUUGAAGAACAAGUAUUUCAAGGAACUAGAGGAUCUGGUGGUAGAUGGUCAGAAAGUUGAAGUACCACAGCCCUUAAGCUGGUACCCAGAAGAGCUUGCAUGGCACACAAAUCUGAGUCGAAAAAUCUUGAGAAAGUCUCCACAGCUGGAAAAGUUUCACCAGUUUUUGGUUAGCGAAACUGAAUCUGGAAAUAUUAGUCGUCAGGAAGCUGUCAGUAUGAUUCCACCCUUGCUGCUUAAUAUUCAACCUCAUCAUAAGAUUUUAGAUAUGUGUGCAGCACCUGGAUCAAAGACUGCCCAGUUAAUUGAAAUGCUUCAUGCUGAUAUGAAUGUUUCCUUUCCAGAGGGAUUCGUUAUUGCUAAUGAUGUUGACAACAAACGCUGCUAUUUGCUGGUUCAUCAAGCAAAAAGGUUAAGCAGUCCUUGUAUCAUGGUUGUAAACCAUGAUGCUUCCAGCAUCCCUAGACUGCAAAUAGACAUGGAUGGAAAGAAGGAGGUUCUCUUCUAUGAUAGAAUUUUAUGUGAUGUGCCCUGCAGUGGAGAUGGUACUAUGAGGAAAAACAUUGAUGUGUGGAAAAAGUGGACGACACUAAAUAGUUUGCAACUACAUGGUUUACAGCUUAGGAUUGCAACACGUGGGGUUGAGCAGCUGGCUGAGGGUGGCAGGAUGGUGUAUUCUACAUGUUCAUUAAAUCCUAUUGAGGAUGAAGCAGUCAUAGCCUCACUGUUGGAGAAAAGUGAAGGUGCUUUGGAGGCUGCUGAUGUUUCUUCUGAGUUUGCAGGUUUAAAGUGGAUGCCUGGAAUCACACAGUGGAAGGUAAUGACUAAAGAUGGACAGUGGUUUGCAGAUUGGGAAGAUGUACCUCAGAGCAGGCAUACUCAAAUUCGCCCUACUAUGUUCCCCCCAAAAGAUCAAGAAAAUUUAAAGAAAUUGAACUUAGAACGUUGUCUUCGGAUAUUACCACAUCACCAGAACACUGGAGGGUUCUUUGUGGCAGUAUUAGUCAAAAAAACUUCAAUGCCCUGGAAUAAACGUCAGCCCAAGCUCCAGCGAAAAUCUCCUAUAGAUACAGAAGCUUCAGAAUCUAGUCCUUCAGUCCCCUUAAAGAUAACAGCUUCAGCCCCUACAGAAACAAGUCUCACAGCUUCUGCAGAAACAGGUGACAGACCUGUUACUGAGUCUGAGGGGGAAGAAACCAUGCAAAGAACUCAGAAUUUGGAGAGUGACAUAAACAAGAAAGAUGGUGUGUGUGGCCCACCCCCAUCAAAGAAAAUGAAGUUAUUUGGAUUUAAAGAAGAUCCAUUUGUAUUUAUUCCUGAAGAUGAUCCAUUAUUUCCACCUAUCCAGAAUUUUUAUGCUUUGGCUCCUUCAUUUCCAAAGAUGAAUUUAUUGACUCGAACUCAAGAAGGGAAGAAAAGGCAAUUGUAUAUGGUUUCUAAGGAGCUAAGAAAUGUGCUGCUGAAUAAUAGUGAGAGGAUGAAGGUUAUUAACACAGGGAUAAAAGUGUGGUCUCGGAAUAAUGACGGUGAACAAUUUGGUUGUGCUUUCCGCCUAGCACAAGAGGGAAUAUAUACAUUGUAUCCAUUUAUUAAUUCAAGAAUCAUUGUUGUAUGUAUAGAAGAUAUUAAAAUUUUAUUAACCCAGGAAAACCCAUUUUUUAGCAAGUUUAGCAGUGAGACGCACAAACAGGCUAAGGAUAUGGCUAAAGGAAGCAUUGUCCUGAAAUAUGAACCAGAUACUCAGAAACCAGAUACUCUUCAGUGCCCUAUUGUGUUGUGUGGAUGGCGUGGAAAGACUUCAAUUCGUGCUUUUGUGCCCAAGAAUGAACGACUUCAUUACUUAAGGAUGAUGGGUGUGGAAGUGUUCAGAGAGAAGAGAAAAGAAGAGUCUACAAAUAAAUUAGAGGAGAGCCAGGGAAUUGCCAAACAGAUGGAUAAAGAAAUGGAUAUGGAAUUGGUCAACUCAGAACAAAAAGAAUUGGUCAAUUCAGAUUCACAAGUAGAAGAUGAAUUGGAUGAGUUGAUGCAGGAACCACUGGAAAGUGCAGUUGAUGAAACAGAGAGAAAAACAGGAAAUGACAAGCCACAAGAUUCUAAACAUCAAACCCAGUGUUGAAUAUCAUAAUACCAAAAACUCAGUGUUUUUUCGUUUGCAUCUGCCUGCCUUGCUUUAUUGAGAUAAAAAUCUACAACUUUAACUAUCUAAAUAAAUUUUUAAAAAUAUAUUACUAAGAGGCAUGAACAUUAUCAUACACAGCAGCUGCUUAUAAAAUAACAGGGGUUUUUUGGCCCCUUUGUUUUUAUGACACUGCUGGGUUUGGUUUGUCUAUUGCCGGCAAUGGACUUUGUACCAGUAAAAUCUAAUUUCCAUUGUGAAGACUGAAGAACAAAACUGCUUAUGGAUUUUCCUUUUUUAGAAUCUUUUUGUGUUAUGUCUAGAUUUGUUGGAAAGAAUUCUUAUAAAGUACAGAUGAAUGGAUCUUAAAGUCCAUUAAUGAUUUUUAUACAUACAUAUAUACAAAGCAUAGACAAAUGUGUAUGUAUAUUAUAUGAAAGUAUAGGAACCCUUAUGUGUAAGUUGCACAUUUUAGUGGUACAUUUUUAUGCAAUAAGGUUAAUAUCUGAGUUUUCAGGUAACCAUUGUACCUUUUGAAAUAAAGGACAAGUAAACUUUUUCUCAGAAUAGUUUAUUAUGUAUUGUAAUUUUGCUUACUGGUAAAAAAAAAUCUUAUUUAAUUGAAUCUUUUAUAUGAUUCUAUUUUUAUUAUUAGUGCCUCUACUUUUUUCACUUUCAAGUUCUAACUUUGCAGUCUGGCUUUCAACUUCAUUCAGCAGAAACUGCUUUCCAAAGUUACCAGUGAUUUCUUACUUGCCAAAUUUAAUGGAAUUUUUUCAGUUCUCAUCUUCUUGAUCUCUGUAGUUUUUGACACUGUCAAUCACACUCUUCUUGAUACUUUUUUCCUAGAUUUUCAUGACAUUUUUCAUAGCUUUCUCUCUUGAUCCUCUGAUGUUGAUAACUUCCUUUGCAGAUUCUUCAGGUUAUAUCAACUAACUGUGGGUGUCCCUCUUCUCCCUCUACAGUAUUUCAUUUGGUGAUAUCAGUUGUCAUGGAUUUUAUAUAAAUGAAGAUGAUUCCCAAAUCUAUUUAUCCAGUUCUAACCUUUCCUGACUUCUAGUCUCACAUCUUCAGCUGUCUAUUGGACAUCUUAACUGAAUGUCCUGUAAAUAUCUUAAACAACAUAUCCAAAACUAAACUUACUGUCUUUUCCCCCAAACCCUACCCUCUUCUAAGUGGUACCAUGGAUAGAGUACUGGGCUUUGGAGUCAGGAAGAGUCAAGUUCAGAUAUAGCUUCAGCCAGAAGUUGUUUGAGCCUAGGCAAGUCACUGCACCUCUGCCCAAGUUUCCUCUGUAAAAUGGAUAUAAUAUAGUACCUAUCUUUUAGGGUUGGAAAAUCAAAUGGAAAUAUUUUUAAAGCACCUAUAAAGGUGCCUGACACAUAAGUAGGCACUUAACAAAUGCUUGUUUCCUUCCUGUUGCUAUGAAGGGUACUACUGUUCUUCCAGUUGUCUAGGCCAACCACCUAGGUGUCAUCUGUGAUUCCACAUUCUAACCAUCUCCAACCAGUUGCCAACUUCUGUCAUUUCUACCUCUCUAAUGUUUGGUAUUUACCCUCUUCUCUGACACUGCCACUGUCCUGGUUCAGGCCCUCAUCACUUCACACCUGAACGAUUGCAAAAGUCGGUUGGAGGUUCUGCCUUCCCAAGUCUCUUCCCCAGUCCGUCCUCCACUUAGCUGUCAAGCUGAUCUUCCUCAAGCACAGUUCUGAUUGUGUAAUCCCCCGUUAAACUCCAGUGACUCCCAGUUACCAGCAGAAUCAAAUAGAAAAUCCCUUGACUUUUAAAGUCUUUCAUAAUCUGGUGCUUUCCUACUUUAACAAUCUGCUCUGUGGUGAACUGCUGACAUUGACUCUGGAAUGCUCUGCUCUCCCUCUGCACAUCCUUUCUGUUCCCUUCCAGGCUUCCCUGGCUUCCUUCAAGUCAGCUAAAGACCUGCCUUUCCCAGCCUUCCUUAAUGUUUGUUAGUGCCUUUCUUCUGAGAUUAUCUCCAAUUUAUCUUGUAUAUCUCCUAACUGUACAUAUUUUUUGCAUGUUGUCUCCCCCAGUAGAUUGUGAACUCCUUGAGGGCAGAGACUGUCUUUUACUUUUCUGUUUCCCUGAUGUUUAGCAAAGUGCCUGACAUUGAAGGCAGUUAAUAAAUGCUCAUUGACUUUGAUUUAGUAAGGCAACAGAUGCAUGGGGCAGUUAAGAGUUAAUGGCAGUAAUGUGUGUGAAUCCUUCCUUCUUUUCCCUGAAUUGUGGGAAAUUACAUUUAUUGAUUGCAUUGUCUCUGGAGAAACUAAAACUUCUCAGUCUCACAUUCAGGAAACCAAUAAAAUUUUUUGGACCAGUAAA